GUCACCGUUGCUCCGCCCACAAGCAGCAGCUGAGCUGGAGAAGAUGGCGACGGCGGGCAAGGUCAUCAAGUGCAGAGCGGCGGUGGCCUGGGAGGCUGGAAAGCCCCUGUCCAUCGAGGAAGUGGAGGUUGCCCCCCCUAAAGCACAUGAAGUUCGCAUUCAGGUUGUCGCCACCGGAGUCUGCCACACCGACUCCUUCACUCUGAGCGGUGCAGACUCAGAGGGGCGCUUCCCUGUCAUUCUUGGCCAUGAGGGAGCUGGCAUCGUGGAGAGUGUUGGGGAGGGAGUCACCUCCUUCAAAGCAGGUGAUCGAGUGAUUCCACUUUACAUACCACAGUGUGGGGAAUGCAAGUUUUGCCUGAGUCCCAAGACCAAUCUCUGCCAGAAGAUCAGGGUGACCCAAGGGCAGGGCCUGAUGCCAGAUAAGACCAGCAGGUUCACUUGUAAAGGCCAGCAGCUCCACCACUACAUGGGGACCAGUACCUUCUCCGAAUACACGGUCGUUGCUGACAUUUCCCUGGCUAAGAUAGACCCCGCGGCUCCGCUGGAUAAAGUCUGUCUGCUGGGCUGCGGCAUUUCCACCGGCUAUGGGGCAGCUCUCAACACUGCCAAGGUCGAACCGGGCUCCACGUGUGCGGUGUUUGGACUGGGUGGCGUGGGUCUUGCCGUUAUCAUGGGCUGCAAGGCCGCCGGUGCCUCGCGGAUCAUUGCUGUCGAUAUCAACAAGGACAAGUUCACCAAGGCUCAAGAGUUUGGUGCCACUGAGUUUGUGAACCCCAAGGACCACGUCAAACCCAUUCAGGAGGUCUUGGUGGAAAUGACUGACGGCGGAGUGGACUACUCCUUCGAGUGUAUUGGCAACGUCAUGACCAUGAGAGCGGCCCUGGAAGCUUGUCACAAGGGCUGGGGAACCAGCGUCAUCCUAGGGGUGGCGCCGUCCGGCCAAGAGAUUGCGACUCGCCCCUUCCAGCUGAUCACUGGCCGUGUCUGGAAAGGAUCAGCGUUUGGAGGAUGGAAGAGUGUGGAGAGCGUUCCCAAACUGGUGAAAGAUUACAUGGAUAAAAAAUUGAAGGUGGACGAAUUUAUAUCUUUCACGCUCCCAUUCAAAGAGAUCAAUGAGAGCUUUGAACUCAUGCACACUGGGAAAAGCAUCCGAAGUGUCCUCUUAUUUUAAAGUCACACCGGAACCAGUUUUUUAGCCGUCCGUGGAGUCUUGAUCAGUGUGGAGAAAAAACACGUGGAAAAUUGCCUUAAAACGCUGUUGCUUUUCUCUUUAUAUACUUUAAUAAUGCUUUGUCAUCUGUUUCAGAGAAUCUAUAGAAACAUAAAAAACAUAGAAAAUAGGUGCAGGAGUAGACCAUUCGGCCUUUCAAUAUGAUCAUGGCUGAACAUCCAAAAUCAGUACCCCGUUCUGGCUUUUUCCCCAUAUCCCUUAAUUCCUUUAUCCCUAGGAGCUAAAUCUAACUCUCUUGAAAACAUCCAGUGAAUUGGCCUCUGUGUGCAGAGAAUUCCACAUAUUCACAACUUUCUGGGUGAAGACGUUUUUCCUCAUCUCAGUUCUAAAUGACCAACUUCUUAUUCUUAAACUGUGAUCGCUGGACUCCUCCAACAUCAGGACCAUUUUUCCUGCAUCUACCUUGUCCAAUCCUCUUAAGAAUUCUCUGUUUCUAUAAGAUCCCCUCUCAUUCUUCUAAUUCCAGCGAAUGCAAGCCCAGUCAACCCAUUCUUUCAUUGUUGUUGUCAACCCAAUCAUGAACCAUGUAACUCCUGUCACGGACACACUUUUGCAAAUUAAAAUUACUUCAAAAUACA